AUGAUCAACACUAUAGAUACAGCUUAUCCAUCACAUAUAACAACAACAAUCAAUCAAUCACCUUCAUCAUCAUCAUCAUCUCCAAGAAACUCAAGAUGUGAAAUCAAAUUUGAUCAAGAAUCAAUAACAGAUUCAAUAAAUUCGCCUUUAAAUGCAAGAUUAAUGUAUUAUAAUAAUUCAAAAACUCCACAAAGUAUAUCACAAUCAGUUUCAACUUCACCAAGAAAUUCCAUGGUUCAAAGUUCAUUUAAUCAAACUAAUCAACGUCCAAAACCACCACUUUUAUUAAGAUCAACUUCAUUACCAACAAUUCAAAAACAAAAUAAUAAUAAUAAUAAUGAUCAUAUAAAUGAUUAUAAAAUUCAAUCACCAAGUUCAAGAAAAUCAUCUAUCUUAACAAAUUGUACUCAUAUAAAUGAUGAUGAAUCAAAUACAGAUCAAUCAAAUUCAAUAUCUUCAUGUGAUUCAAAUCAUAUUCAUAAUGAUUUAUGUAAAAGACAUCAUCAUAGAAGAGAAAGUAUUGCUAUUAAAUUCAAUGAUCCAAUAAUUAAUGAACCAAUAGAACAAGAACAUGCUCAAAAUGAUACUUUAUUCACCCAAUUGAAGAAUUAUGAAUUGAAAUAA